AUGCGCAUGGCUUUGGACAUCAUAUGGCGCUGCACAGGAGAAUGGUGGGUCUUUCUCAUCCGGCCUCCCACUACAUGUUACACGCAUAUCCACGCAGACACGAGGAGCCAGGCUCGCCCGGUAAAGUGCCGCUUGGCAGGCAGCUGGAGGGGACCCCACCCGCGCGGGGGUCCCCCUCGCCGCCAGCGCCUUCCCCCGGCCCGCGGGAGCCGAGCCCCACGGCGGGGCACCCCCAGCGCGGCGCUCUCCGUCCCGCCCGACGGGGCGCGCUGCGGCUGCCGCCGGGUCUCCCCGCAGGGACGGGGACGGCCGGGAGGUUCUCAGGGGGGCCCUGAGGGCGUUAAAAACCUGCGCUGCGCCGGUGUCUUGCGAGCCCAGAAGCAGGCAAGGGACCCGGGGGAGGCGAGAGCCGCGGCCUCCGCCCCGUCGCCCACCGCCAGCCGCAGCCCCUCGGGCGGGCCGCUGCUCACGCCCUCGCAGUCGCUGGACGGGGCGGGCGGGCGGCGCUCGGGCUACAUCACCAUCGGCUACCGGGGCUCCUACACCAUCGGGCGGGAGGCGCAGGCCGACGCCAAGUUCCGGCGGGUGGCCCGCAUCACCGUCUGCGGCAAGACGGCGCUGGCCAAGGAGGUCUUCGGGGAGACGCUGAACGAGAGCCGCGACCCCGACCGCCCUCCCGAGCGCUACACCGCCCGCUACUACCUCAAGUUCAACUUCCUCGAGCAAGCCUUCGACCGGCUCUCCGAGGCCGGCUUCCGCAUGGCCGCCUGCUCCUCCACCGGCACCUGCGCCUUCGCCCCCGAGCAGGGCGGUCCCGCCGAUGACAAGAUCUGGACCAGCUACACCGAGUACGUCUUCUGCCGGGACUGAGCGUCCGCCCGGCCCCCGGCGCGGGGAGAAGGCGGCGGUCCCCGCGCUCCCUCGCGCCCGCCGUCCCCUCCCGGCCUGGAGGAAGGAGGGCGCGGAGGGGGGGCCGCGUCCCCCCUGCCCUUCCCUCGCCCCGGCGUCCGCCUCCGCGCACGAGGCGGGUCAGCCCCCAGCGCGGCCCCCACCCCUCCUGCACGCACCUGCUCACGGCCCCGGGGACACGAGGUCACCGCCUCGCGCCUCGGCCGCCACGUCCCUGCUCAGCCGCCUUGUCCCGGCUCGCGCCAUCAUCCGCCCUCCAGACCUCCCAGUAGCUGUGUCGGUAGCGAGGAAGGAGAGGGGUGGCGGGAGUAGACAAAUGACCCGUCCCAGGAAAGCGUGCGGGCGCGCCCGGCCCCUGCCCCUCUCCGCGCACGGUUACGCUGGGGUGUUUUAAAAACUACCCGCUUAGGGCCUGAGGAGCUUUUCGGUUGCUUUUCAGCAACUUCUGCUGACGAUGGCACGAUCAAUGGCUGUCUUUUCUCAUCACCAUACCCUUAAGCAGGAUUUCGCCUUGUUGGGUGGACCCAUAAUGGUCCGUUCUAUCCUCCCAUCCCAUCAAAGUGAUGCACGUCUGUGAAGGACCGUCACAUAGAAGUGAUGCCUGACUGUGAGGGUGUGGCACUCCGGCUCGCACCUCAUCUCUAGAGAUGAGUAAUUCUGCAGGAGGCGUGCGCGUGGCCCUUCCUGACCGGUUGCAUCCAUCUCCCCUCUCUGCUCCCUAUCUCUCUGAACUCCCCUCUCCAAGCUCUUAAACUGGACCAGGGCCUGCACAGCAGGCGCGUAAGGCUGAAGUAAAAGGACAGGUUCGCUGGAUAACCAACCAUUUGAACUAUAAAGUGUCCUCAGAGACACGCAUUUAUUCCCUCGAGAGGUAAAAAAAAAAAAAAGACGCUUUGAAAAACUAAAGUGCUUGUGAAUCGUAACUUUCAUGGGUGGUGUGAAGUCCUUAUAAUUCUCUUGAAGUUACUGUCUAUAAUAUGCGUAGAAAUCUCAAUGCGUAUUUCCUUAAACACCCUCAAAACGAUGGGGGAGAGGUGAAGCCAGGCACGCCAGAGUGAAGGUAGGGCCUGCUUCCUGGGAAGCUGAAAUCUUGUAUGUUGAAUUAAUGCAGAUGUACAUCAUAAGUGUAAUCAAGAGCACCCUGCUUGUUACUUUAAGUUUUGUCAUGUUAGUGCUGUAAAACUUUGAAGCCAACAGGAUUGAUGCUGAAACCACUUUUUAAGAAACCAGGGCAAUGACACUGCUGAGAGUUAAGUACUUCUUCCUUGACAAACUUAGUGCUUCUUAGAAAGGAUUAAGCCCCGUCCUUACAAAAAAACAAAAACGAUGCCAACUUUCUUCAGGGGAAAUUACCCCUUCUAAGCUGUAUUAGGUUCGUGCUAUCUAACAGUCUUUCUUUCCCAGAGGAGGCAGCCAUAGCUUGCUUUGGAACAGACGGUCUAAGCAGCAGGUUUUACAGUAGGGAAGAUUGAGCAGCUCUUUCUAAUAAAUUCUUGAAGACUGGAGUACAAAAUCACUUUCCUUUAAAACCUGAACUUGAUUUAAAAGCCUGUAUUGUCCAUUCAGACCUUCACGAAAAAAUAUCCUAAAUGUAUCCAAAGUGUUGAAGAAUUUAGAAGUACAUAUUAAAGGCUUGAAGUUACAUUUCUAAAACUCUUGAAUAAUAAAUUGUUCUAACUCCAAAUUUAGAAAUACUGCUAGCACUUGCAUUCUAACCAAAGAAUUUCACAGUAGGUUUUUAUUUUUAAAACUUUAAUUCCUCUGAAAAGAGCUAUAGCUACAUAUGUAUGGAGUUGAGUUUCAGUGCUCAGUCUCUCUGUUCACCACUUGGUCUUUCAUUAAGUGCAUGCACAACUGCAUAAAACUGAAAAUAAUUUGCAUCAUGUUGUUUUUUUUUAUAUUAGAAAGAUUGUUUAUCAAUGUGAUUAAAUGGAAGAUGCGCAUACGAAAGCGCUGGGUAUUGUCCAGUUGUAGAUAGUUGUAUAAUGGAGUAUUUUUAAAAGGAGAGAAAUGUAUACCUGCCAAAUUAGAUGCCAGAUUAGAGUGAGAGGCCAAUACACCUGAAAAUGGAAUGAAACCUGUUUGUCCUAUGCCUUACUCUGAGAUGAUUUCUUUGUGCUUAACUUAUUUAUACCACAAGUGAAAGGACAUUGAUCACAGCUACUAGGUCUUUACAAUGCCGUUCUCGAGAAUAAUGACUGUCUUUUUCUAGUUUCUGUUAAGUAAUUCUGAAGUAUGUUUUUUAAGAUUUUGUAUAAAAUCAGUUUUCAGUACAGUGUUCAAAUUCACUCUAGACAGCUUUCUUUUUUUAAGAAUCUGGUAGCUUACUAAAUCCAUCAUAGGAGCUAUGAAUAGGGGCAGAUUUAAAUUGAACUUGUGAUUUAGUGUACAUAUAUAUACAGUAUAUAAACAUUUUACACGAAUCAUUUAGUUUUUUAAUCAUUUUAGUGCUACAGAAUUUCAUAAUAUAUCUAGCUGAGCAUUUACAUAUAACGCUGUGUACAUAAUACGGUAAUGUUUUACUGGUUUCCUAUACCUAUUUCUAUGGAAAAACUGAAUAUGAAUAUCAGCUUGUAGAACUGAAAUCGAUUACGUAUUUGCUUGAAUGUGAGUCAUAACUAGCUUCCAGGUGGCUGAAUGCAUCUCUAAAACAAAGAUUGCCUGUAUUUUGAUCAAUGAUUGCCUAUCUGUUUGCUGGCAGAUGACCCAGAAAUUCUCAUAUUUUAAGUAAACAUGGGUGUAAUAAAAAUAUAAACCGAUGAUUUUUUAAUCUUUGUGUUUGUGCUAAAAACUCUAAGCGUUAGUAGUAUUAGGAAAUGGGGCCCUUCAUUUACUGACAACUCAUUACAUUUAGGGUUAAAAUGAUGGUGCCAUAAACGUAAUAGUCAUUUGAUGGCUUGCCACAGAAGACGAUAUUUUUCUUAAACAUUACUCAGUAAUUUCAGUAAAAUAUUUAAAAGGUAGAACGCCCAAGGCAAAGUCACUGAGUUUUGCUGGUCUCUUCUAUUGAGAGCUCAAAGAAUGGAUAAACACGAUGACUCUGCUAACCUGUUGACAUGCAGAAGGACAAAAAUCUAAAGGCACAAUACUGUAUACAUUUUGUAGCUGUCGUUGUUCACAGUUCACGUACUUAGGGAUGAAUGCAGUAGCAUUUACAAGUGCUAUUAAAAAAACAAAGGCAGUCUUUCCUUUAAUUAGAAGUUAAUGCAUAGGUCUUUUCAGUGAUGCAUAUCAAGAAGGGUGACUUUGCAGAUGUUUGAUAGGAUGUUUAUAUUUUUAUACAUGUAGAUAACGAGCCACUUACUCAUUCUUAUUUUCACAUGUAUAGCAUUGAAA